AUGACCCGCGUCCAAUUGGCUCCAGAGCUGGCAGCUUACCUACGAGCCCAUCCACCCAGCUCCGAUACUUCGCUCGACCCAGAAUCGCGGGCAGCACUCCAAGAGCUCCGGAACAUGUCUGAAGCCCGCAAUUCCGUCUUGCAAUCUCAAGCACCACGACGCACGGAACCUCUGACAAUCAUUCACGAUGAUGAAACAGGAGUCUUCACGACCGACUGGAUGCUUGGAAAUGCGAAGGAGCUGAAAGAUGCUUUCCGCUUGUAUGAAAUACUUAUUCCUCAGGAUAAAGGUUAUCAGUUUACUUUGCGGUUGACGCCGGAAUUCAGAGCGAAGCUUAGCUUUUGA